UCCCUCUGUUCCGUUCAAAUAAAAAUAUUUCUUUUUCGGCAGGUGAGUUUAUGCAGUGUUGUUUAGUGUAAAUUGGAGAGAGCGUGUUUCUAUAUUCGGUAAGGCAAAUUGUCAAAUAAAUCACGAAAAUGGUCAAAUUUUGGCCCGUUCAAUACUUUUCAAAAAGUGAAUUAUAAAUCACGAAAUAAACUCAAUUCCUUAGGUUGAUACAUGUGUAUGUGGCGGUAGCAUACCACAUCAUCGCAUAUUUCACCGAGAAGAAGGUGGAUGGUAUAGUUUCAAAAAUUGCAAGCUUUGUUAUUUUUCUAAUUCAGAUUUGACUAUCUUUUGUGAUCUAUAUAGUAACUUGCCUUUGAAAUGUGUCACUUUAAGUUAGACAUCAUGUAUCAUAUUCAUAAUAAUACUGCCAGGUUUUGAACAAGACACAAAUAAGGGAAGGAAAAGGGUAAAUAGAAAGUUUAUUUAAAAAUGAAGGGAAUAAUUGUUUGGCAUACAUGCAUGCAGUUAUUGUAGAAUCAUAAACAUGGCAGAAGAAGAAGAGGAAGUUGUGGUGGGAUUGGAGAAAAGCGUGAAGCUGUUGCUUGAAAAAGUGAUUUUAACAAAUGUGAGGUACAUAAAGAUUUUGUAUAUAAAGGGCAUGAUUGGUAUCGGGAAGACAACUCUCGCCAGACAACUGUACAAGGCUGGGGCUGGCCAGUUCCAGCGUCGUGCCUGGGUAUGCUUUUCUAGUGACACAGGUGACCAAGAGACCCGUCACAAAGAUUUCAUGAUAAAACUGAUUAAGCAAAUGGGGUUAGGAUAUUACAGAAGUCCGUCAUUGGGAGACAUGAACACCCGACGUCUCCAACGGAUGCUUCACCGGCACUUGCGAGGACUUUCAUAUUUCAUAGUUUUGGACAAUGUGCCGAAUAAUAUGGAUUGGAAGCUCAUCUUGAACAGUCUUCCAACUGAAGGAAAAAUUGGAAGCAGGAUGUUACUAGCAACAAGUCGCUAUAAGUUUAGCCGAAUGCAUGCUGAUACUUAUGAGAUGAAAGCUUUGGAUUCUGAUAAGAGCUGGCAAUUGUUUAUGAAAACAUUUGACAAAUUUACAAGUGAUGAGAACAAAUUCCCAAAGGUGAUGGAGAGGAAGGGCAAAGAGAUGUUGAAAAAAUGUGGGGGUUUGCCGAUAGCUAUAAUAGAUGUUGCAAGGCAAAAAGCAAAUCAAAGACUUUCGGGGGUUGAAUGGGAACAACUUUUUGAUUCAAUUGAUUUGAGUGAAUCAUUGAAGUUAUUGGAACCAAUGUAUUUGGAAAUGGAGGAAGAACUCAAGCCACAUUUCUUGCUUCUUUCCCUUUUCAAGGAGAAUGCAAUAAUGAGAGAAGAAAAGUUGGAACAGAUUUGGGCUACAAAUGGAUUAGAUUUUGUCGAAGUUACAUGGGAUUUUGCUUCUAGAUCGAUUCUUGAAGUUGUGAAGGUGCAUUUUAAGAAAAAUAAGUGUUGUCUAAAUCCUCUAUUACACAUGAUAUCAAUAAAAAAAGCAGAAGAGGAAAUGGGCUUAGAGAUCUUAAGGAGCAAUGGAAACAGGCCCUCUCAGAAUGCCCGUCACCGUGUUAUCCAUUGUGGCAGAGACAAGUUCUAUCAUUUCAAGAAUGAAGAUAACAAACAACUUAUUUCUCUCAUCUUCCAUGGAGGUGGUAGCUACUUGGACAACGCAAGCUUGUCUUAUUGGGAGAAAUUUGAAUUACUCAAAAUACUUGACAUGGAAGAUUUUGGAGUGAAGACUUUAUCCGAAACAAUCGGAGCAUUGACUGAGUUAAGGUACUUGGGAUUGAGAAACAAUUACAUACAAGAGAUCCCACACUCGUUGGCGGAUCUGGAAAACCUUGAGGUUCUUGAUAUAGCUCUGAACUUUAUGGUGGAGGUGCCGAAUAUUAUAUGUCAAAUGGGCAACCUUCGUGAUCUCCAGAUGUCUAAUGUGAUUUUCCAGAAGCCUUUGAAAGUAGAUGUGCUGCAGAAUCUGGAGGCCCUAACAUACAUCUCGAUUUAUGAUUGGACAUAUGAGGACCCGAGCUUCGAGUCAAUGUAUGACUUCCAAACGUUGGGCGUUGAAGAAGUUGAUGAAAAUUCGGAUGUAGGCACGCUCUUUGCAACACUAGCUGAGCUUCCGAACUUUGAAAAACUUUUCAUAAGAGGGUUUCGUUACAGAAGCAUGCCGUGUUUGGACGAAAUUGGUGUUAUAGAAAGACUCAAGGUACUAAAACUAGAUGGGCGCAUAGGUAGGCUACCGAGUGCAGAUAAUAUAUCUUAUGGGGUUACGUACAUAGCAUUGGUAAAUACUUGUCUUGACGAAGACCCCAUGCCAAUAUUAGAGAAGCUCGGUUUCCUAAGCAAGCUCAAACUGCGAAAUGCAUACACUGGUCGAGAAAUGGUGAUUGGACAUGGCGGAUUUCCCGAGCUUGAAGUGCUUUCGGGUUGCCGCGAAGUACAGGAGCCACAAGACUGCCUCAAUGAAGGACCAUGGCAGCGAGGCGAUCCGUCGGCAUUGGGAGCGCCUCAUGAGGGACUGCGGCCACUUCAACGGUAUUUAUUCUAA